CCCCCCCCCCCUUCCCCCGCCCCGCCCCUGAAGAAGUCAGUUCACCUAUCUCCUCUUUCCUUGGGUGGUCCUGGCAAUUGACACCCAUCGUUCUCUGCUCUACUUUCGCGCAAUCCAAAGGGAGACGUGAUGCUUCGCCUGUCCACCCUCGCCGCCUCCCUGAGCUCGAGGCUUGUGCUCUCGGCGCGGCCGGCCGCCGUGGCCGCCGCCCCGGCUGUCAUGAGCCACCUCUCGGCCGCCACCCAGCCGGCCCCCGGGGCCGCCCCGGUUGCCCACUACUCCUCCCGUGGUAAGAUGACCGAUGAGGCUCUCUUCCAGAUCGGUGUCAAGGUGUCCCCCUUCCUCACCUCGGAGGGCAUCUCCUCGGACAUCAUCCGUGCCCAGGCCAAGGUUGCCACCACCCAGAACAAGUGGGAGAAGGGGCUCGUCCGCACCGGCACCCUCGCUGUCAAGCUCGGCAUGACCAGUCUCUAUGAUGAGCAUGGCACCCAGCAUGGCGCCACGGUUCUCCACAUGAACGAGGUCCAGGUCCUUGAGCACAAGACCAUGGAGAAGCACGGCUAUACUGCCCUCAAGGUGGGCGCCGUCAACAAGCGUGGUACCCGCUGGAACAAGGCACGCCGCGGCCAAUUCGACGCCAUCGGCAUUUCCCGCAAGCAUGUCACCGGGGAGUUCCGCUGCUCCCCGGAGGCGCUGCUGCCUGUCGGCCACGUCCUGGAGGCCACCCACUUCUACCCCGGUCAGUACAUCGACGUGACCUCGGUCAGCGUUGGUAAGGGCUUCCAGGGCCCGAUGAAGCGCUGGAACUUCGGCGGCAACCCCGCCACCCACGGUGUGUCCAAGUCCCAUCGUAGCCAUGGUGGUACCGGUGCUUGCCAGGACCCGGGCCGCAUUUUCAAGAACAAGAAGAUGGCCGGUCGUAUGGGUGGCAAGCGCGUCACCGCCAUCAACCUCCAGGUCCUCAAGGUGGACACCGUCCUCAACCUGCUGUAUGUCAAGGGCGCGGUCCCGGGCUCCACUGCCACCUACGUGCGCGUGCGCGACGCCGCCAAGAAGGCGCACCUGAUUGCCCCGGCUUUCCCUACCUUCCAGACUGAGGCCGUCCUCAAGGAGGCUGGCAUUGAGGAGCUCCCCCGCGAGCUGCUGAUCCCCAAGGUGGGCAUCGACCCCAACGAGUACCUGUGAGUGCAUGCGCGUCCCCUGUCGCCCCUACUGUCCUCCGCCAUGCCCCCCUCCCCCCGCCCUCCCCCCC